AUACCGGGACACAUCGCGAUACCGGGACACACCGGGACAGCGCCACUCGCGCGGCGCGGAGCCGGGGGGGUUCCGGCUCCCCGAGGAUCCGCGGAGAUGGGGCCGAGCCCGUGAGCGGCCGGGCUUGCCCUGCCCGCCCAGCAGCGCUCACCUGCGGGCCACAGGCGGGCUGUGACCUCCCGGAGGGGCUGCAAGGCUGGUGAGGAACUCUCUUCACACGUAAUUCAGGUAAAACAAGAUGUUAUCUCCCAGCUUUAGGGUCUGAAAUGUCGUGCGUGGCCGUUCAUGACUUGAAAAGCUCUUCAGAAAAUCACGUGGCUGAAAACCCUCCAGUGAUACCGAAAUGUACAGCUCUCUCCUGGACAUAACCACCGGCUAGAUUACAAUGAACGGCGCUGCCAGAAGCGUUUUGCAGUCAGUGAAGCGGGGCCGAGCUGCGUGGCUGAGCAGCAGCUCUGCUCUCCCGGGAAAGCAGCGUUUUCGCAGGCUGGUUUUGGGAAUAGAGACGAGCUGUGACGACACGGGCGCUGCUGUGGUGGAUGAAGCUGGCUGUGUUCUGGGAGAAGCACUUCACUGUCAGAAGGAAGUUCAUUUACAAACAGGCGGAAUAAUUCCCGUGGUGGCGCAGCAGCUUCACCGAGAAAACAUCGAGCAAGUGGUUCAAGAGGCCCUUCGUGCCAGCGGCGUUUCUGUGCCUGAGCUUGGGGCUGUGGCCACCACGGUGAAACCCGGGCUCGCUCUGAGCCUGGGCGUGGGGCUGCAGUACAGCCUGAGCCUGGUCAGCAGGCACCAGAAGCCCUUCAUCCCCAUCCAUCACAUGGAGGCUCACGCACUGACCGUCAGGCUCACACAUCCCCUGCCAUUUCCCUUCUUGGUUCUCCUCAUCUCUGGAGGCCACUGUCUCUUGGCAGUAGCACAGGGGGUUUCAGAUUUCCUCCUGCUUGGACAGUCCGUGGACAUCGCACCGGGUGACAUGCUGGACAAGGUGGCACGAAGACUGUCUCUAAGAAAGCACCCAGAGUGUCACAGCAUGGCUGGGGGGAAGGCCAUAGAGCACCUGGCUCAGACUGGGAACCAGGAACUGCUCCCCCUCCGACUGCCCAUGCAGCAGUAUCGCAACUGCGACUUCUCCUUCUCUGGACUUCAAAACCUCGUCAAUAAUGCCAUUGUACAGAAGGAAAAAGAAGAAGGUAUUCAGGAAGGGGAGAUCCUGGCCUGUGUUAAGGAUGUUGCUGCUGCCGUACAGCACGCAGUGACUGUUCAUAUUAUCCAGAGGACGUACCGAGCCAUGCUCUUCUGCAUCAAAACCAGCAUAUUACCAACAAAAAAUGCCACUUUGGUUGUAUCAGGAGGAGUUGCAAGUAAUCAGUAUAUCCGAAAAGGUCUACAGAAUCUGGCAGAUGCAAAUGAUUUUGCUUUACUGUGUCCUCCUCCAAGACUCUGCACCGAUAAUGGUGUUAUGAUUGCAUGGAAUGGCAUUGAAAGGUUACGGGCAGGACUGGGGGUGCUACACAGUACUGCUGGCAUCCGCUAUGAGCCAAGCCCCAGAAGAUGGCUUUGAAAUCCCCAGUGUGUUUCUGAGUUUGGAAUGGCUACAAAUGCAAAUAUUUCCCCACUGUAAAGAUGUCUCCAGGUACAGCUUCAAAUAGGCUGUUUUAAUGAUCACAGUCUUAGAAGUGCAGGGAAUGUACCAAAGUAGUUUGACUCUCACACUAAUUGUCAAAAAGGUACACCUGUACAUCUGUGUGAUAUGGCAUUGAUGAUGUUAAUUUUUAACAAAUAUGUAAUUUUGUUUUCUAGAGCUCCCCUGGGAAUUGAUAUUUCAAAAAGAGUGCAAGAAGA